AUGAAGGACAUGAAACCGAAGACUUUCGACGUGUGGGUAGUCAUUUUCCUCUGCCUGUUGCCUAAUUGGAAAUUCGAGGCGGAGGCCAAGAAUAAUUUCGAAAUGCAAACGGAUAAUUUUACAUGCAGCAGCGAGGAUGUGAAUUCAAGGAUUCUUAAGGAGUUUCGUUGUGGCAUAAGUAAAAGUGCCAAACGUCGCACUUGGCAUAUGGAAUUUAUGCUCAAGCAACCGGUUGCCGAACAUGAGUUCUUCAUGAAAAUCGUCCUGCCCCGGAAGAGUCCUUUGAAGGACUUCGUCCUGCUCAAUGUGACCACCGAUGGCUGCCAGUUGUUGGCCAAUCGCAAUCAAGUGCCCCUAAUGCGUUUGGGCCGUAAUGUCAUGGAACGCUUCAGUAACUUUCCCAAGCAGUGUCCUUUUAAGUCCAAAACGACCUACUACAUCAGAGGGUUCCGACUGGAUUUGAAUCUCCUGCCCGCCGUUGAUAUGGAGACCCCUGUUCACACUGAGCUCAGUUAUCGGAGCAAACAUCAUGGUCUCACUUGGAUCAGCGGAUUUCUAGAGGCACGUGUUCAACGGUUGAACGAGAAAAAACGCCCCAAGUAG